AUGGCCUCCUCCGACUCUGGUGUUCGGGGUUCCUUGCUGCAGCUACAAACUUCCUUAUCUGCAGCAGACCGCUGCAGCGCCGCGACGGCCAGCUGUCAGUUGAUCCGUGGCCUGGGGCAGGAGUGUGUGCUGUGCGCCGGCCACGCGGCGCUGGCAUUACAGACUUCCUUAAUUUUUUCCAAGGAUAUUGGUUUGCUUGUAUUUGUUCAGAAGUCACUUAGCAUUGAUGAAUUUCGUGAUUGUAGAGAAGAAGUCCUAAAAUUUUUAUGUAUUUUCUUAGAAAAAAUUGGCCAGAAGAUCACGCCUUAUUCUCUUGAUAUUAAGAAUACCUGUACCAGUGUUUACACAAAAGAGAAAGCUGCUAAAUGUAAAAUUCCAGCUCUAGAGCUCCUUAUUAAGUUACUUCAAACUUUGAGGAGUUCUAGACUCAUGGAUCAGUUUAGAAUUGGAGAAUUAUUCAGCAAAUUCUAUGGAGAACUUGCAUCGAAAACAAAAAUACCAGAUACAGUUUUAGAAAAAAUAUAUGAACUCCUAGGAGUGUUAGGUGAAGUUCAUCCGAGUGAGAUGAUAAAUAAUUCAGAAAAUCUGUUCCGGGCUUUUCUGGGUGAACUUAAGACCCAGAUGACGUCAACAGUAAGAGAGCCCAAACUACUCGUUGUUGCAGGCUGUCUGAAGGGAUUGUCUUCACUUAUGUGUAAUUUCACAAAAACCAUGGAAGAAGAUGCCCAGAUGUCAAGGGAGAUUUUUGAUUUUGCAUUAAAGGCAAUUCGUCCUCAGAUUGAUCUGAAGAGAUAUGCAGUACCCUUAGCUGGCUUACGCUUACUUACCCUGCAUGCAUCUCAAUUUAGCACCUGUCUCCUGGACCACUACGUUUCUUUAUUUGAAGUAAUGUCAAAAUGGUGUAGCCAUACAAACAUGGAAUUGAAAAGAACUGCACUUUCAGCCCUGGAAUCUUUUCUGAAACAGGUUUCUUUUAUGGUUGCAAAAGAUGCAGAAACACAUAAGAAGAAGCUGCAGUAUUUUAUGGAGCAAUUUUAUACAAUCAUCAGGAACAUGGAUUCAAACAGCAAGGAUUUAUCUAUUGCUAUUCGUGGAUAUGGACUCUUUGCAGAACCUUGCAAGGUUAUAAAUGCAAAAGAUGUUGACCUGAUGUAUGUAGAGCUCAUUCAGCGCUGCAAGCAGCUGUACCUCACCCAAACAGACACAGCUGAGGACAAUAUUUACCAGAUGCCAAGUUUCCUCCAGUCCAUUGCAAGUGUCCUGCUUUGUCUUGAUUCUGUUCCAGAGGUAUAUACCCCAGUUCUGGAACAUGUCAUGGUGUUACAAAUAGACAGUUUCCCACAAUAUAGUCCAAAAAUGCAGUCAGUGUGUUGUAAAGCCAUAGUGAAAGUUUUCUUGGCUUUAGCUGAAAAAGGACCAGUGCUCUGGAAUUGCAUUAGUACUGUGGUGCAUCAGGGUUUAAUCAGAAUAUGUUCUAAACCAGUGAUCCUUCAAAAGUCUUCCCAAGAUGCUGAAUCUGAAGAUGACCGUGUGUCAGGGGAAGUCAGAACUGGCAAAUGGAAAGUGCCCACCUACAGAGACUAUUUGGAUCUUUUUAGAAAUCUCCUGAGCUGUGACCAGAUGAUGGAUUCUCUUUUAGCAGAUGAAACAUUUCUUUUUAUGAGUUCCUCCCUUCAAAAUCUUAAACACUUGAUGUACAAUGAGUUCGUGAAAUCUAUUUUGAAGAUUGUUGAGAAAUUGGAUCUUACACUAGAAAAACAGAGUGUUGGACAACAAGAGGGUGAAAAUGAAGCUACUGGUGUUUGGGUGAUCCCAACUUCAGAUCCAGCUGCUAACUUGCAUCCUGCUAAACCUAAAGAUUUCUCAGCUUUCAUUAACCUGGUGGAAUUUUGCAGAGAGAUUCUUCCUGAAAAACAUGUAGAAUUUUUUGAACCAUGGGUUUACUCAUUUACAUAUGAUAUAAUUUUACAGGCUACACGGUUGCCACUCAUCAGUGGUUUCUACAAAUUGCUUUCUGUUGCUGUAAGAAAUGCAAAGAAAGUAAAAUACUUUAAGGGAGUUAGUCCACAGAGUCAAAAGCAGUCUUCUGAAGACCCAGAAAAAUAUUCUUGCUUUGCUUUGCUUGCAAAAUUUGGCAAAGAGGUAUCAAUUAAAAUGAAGCAAUACAAAGAUGAACUUUUGGCCUCCUGCUUGACUUUUAUUCUGACCCUCCCAUAUGACAUCAUUGAACUUGAUAUUAAAGCCUACAUUCCUGCCUUACAGAUGGCUUUUAAACUGGGUCUGAGCUAUACCCCGUUGGCAGAAAUAGGUCUGAAUGCCCUAGAAGAAUGGUCAGUUUAUAUCUGCAAAGAUGUAAUCCAGUCCUAUUAUAAAGACAUUCUACCCAGCCUGGAUGGAUAUCUGAAAACUUCAGCCAUAUCAAAUGAGACCAAGAAUAACCUAGAGAUAUCAGCACUUUCUCGGGCUGUCCAGAAGGGAUUUAAUGAAGUUGUAUUAAAACAGCUGAAAAAGACAAAGAUUAUUUCACCAGGUGAAGUACUGUCUCUACAGGAAAUAAGGAUUAGAGUGGUACGGAUGCUUGGUUGUCUAGGAGGACAAAUAAACAAAAAUCUUCUAACAGGUAAAUUUGUUGCAGCUUGUGAACUUUUACAUAGCAUGGUUAUGUUUAUGCUGGGAAAAGCCACUCAAAUGCCUGAAAGUGGUCAGGGUUCUCCACCAAUGUAUCAGCUCUACAAACGAACUUUCCCUGUGCUACUUAGACUUGCAUGUGAUGUAGAUCAGGUGACAAGGCAACUAUAUGAGCCACUGGUUAUGCAGUUGAUCCAUUGGUUCACUAACAAUAAGGAAGUGGAACAUUAUGUUCAGUUGUCAUUUUAUGCUUUGUUUCAGGAUGGCAUUGUGGACCCUGUUGACAGUACUUUAAGAGAUUUUUGUGGCCAGUGUAUUCGAGAAUUCCUCAAGUGGUCCAUUAAACAGACAACCCCACAGCAACAGGAAAGAAGUCCAGUAAAUACCAAAUCACUUUUCAAGCGACUGUACAGCUUUGCACUUCACCCCAAUGCUUUUAAGAGGCUAGGUGCAUCGCUUGCUUUUAAUAAUAUCUAUAGGGAAUUCAGGGAAGAAGAGUCUCUGGUUGAACAGUUUAUAUUUGAAGCCUUGGUUACAUAUAUGGAAAGUCUGGCUUUAGCACAUACAGAUGAAAAAUCCUUAGGUACAAUUCAACAAUGUUGUGACACCAUUGACCACCUAAGCCGCAUCAUUGAAAAGAAGCACGUUUCUUUAAACAAUGCUAUAAAACGCCGUACACCACGAGGAUUUCCUUCUACGGAGCCAUUGUGUUUGCUGAAUCUGGUCCAGUGGCUUUUAGCCCAUUGUGGGAGACCCCAGACAGAAUGUAGACAUAAAUCCAUUGAACUCUUUUAUAAAUUUGUUCCUUUGUUGCCAGGUAAUAGAUCCCCUUCUCUCUGGCUCAAAGAUGUUAUCAAGAAAGAAGAUAUUUCCUUUCUUAUUAACACAUUUGAAGGGGGAGGAAGAGGCUGUGAUAGGUCAUCAGGCAUCCUUGUUCAGCCAACUCUCUUACAUUUGCAAGGACCGUUCAGUCUCAGAGCUACCCUGCAGUGGAUGGACAUGCUUCUGGCAGCACUAGAAUGCUACAAUACAUUCAUCAAAGAGAAAACCCUUGAAGCAUCUGAAGUCUUGGGUACUACAGCACAACCUUGUCUUUGGAAUGCUGUAGCUUUCUUUUUAGAGAGCAUUGCCAUGCAUGAUAUUAUGGCAGCAGAGAAAUGCUUUGGCACUGGGGUAACAGGAAAUGCACCCAGCCCAGAAGAAGAAGAAAGAUAUAAUUAUAGCAAGUGCACAAUUGUGGUGCGGAUAAUGGAAUUUGCCACAACGUUGCUAAGUGCCUCUCCAGAAAACUGGCAGCUCCUUGAGAAGAAUUUGUAUAACACCAACCUUAUGACACUGUUGGUGAAAACUGUGUGUGAGCCCUCAAGCAUAGGUUUCAACAUUGGUGAUGUCUGUGUUAUGGAUCAUCUUCCCAAUGUUUGUGUGAACCUGAUGAAAGCACUAAAGAAGUCUCUAUACAAAGACUUCCUGGAGAUGCACCUGAAGGAAAGAAUAACAGCACAGAGAAUUGAGGAACUUUGUGCUAUUCACCUAUAUGACUCUGAUGCUCAGGUCAAUAGUGCCAAGCUUGCUUCCAUUGUAUCAGCUUGUAAACAACUUCACAGAGCUGGAUUUUUGCAUGUGAUAUUACCAUCUCAGUCUACAGAUCAGCAUCAUCCUAUUGGCACAAAACUUCUUUCCCUGGUUUAUAAGAGCAUUGCACCUGGAGAUGGACAGUGCUUUCCUUUGCUAGACCCCGGUUGUAAACAACUGGCCAGUGGACUUCUGGAACUGGCCUUUGCUUUUGGAGGACUGUGUGAACGCCUUGUGAAUCUUCUCCUGGAUACAGCAGUGUUGUCCAUGCCUUCCUUGCGAGGGUCCCAGAGAAACAAUGUUUGCUUCUCACAAGGAGAGUACUUUUAUAGUUUAUUCUCAGAAACAAUUAAUGAUGAAUUAUUGAAAAAUCUAGAUCUUGCCAUAUUGGAACUCAUGAAAUCAUCCAUGGAGAAUCCCAAAAUGGUGAGCUCUGUUUUGAAUGGCUUGUUAGAUCAGAGCUUCAGAGAACGAGGCAGUCAGAAAUUCCAAGGCCUGAAACUUGUAACAUCAAUUCUACAAAACUGGAGGAAAUGUGAUUCUUGGUGGGCCAAAGGUUCUACUCCUGAAUGUAAAACUGCAGUGCUGACCUUACUGUCAAAAAUUUUGCAGAUUGAUUCCUCUCUAUCUUUUAAUACAAAUCAUGGCACAUUCCCUGAAGUCUUUGCAACAUAUGUUAGUCUACUUGCUGACUCAGAGUUGGGUCUACAUUUAAAGGGGCAGGCUGUAAUUCUUCUUCCAUUCUUCACUAAUCUCACCGGAGACAGUUUGGAAAAGCUUAGACAUGUUCUUGAGAAGCUCAUCAUUUCUAAUUUCCCUAUGAAGUCUGAAGAAUUUCCCCCUGGAACUCUGCGGUACAAUAAUUAUGUGGACUGUAUGAAAAAGUUUUUAGAUGCAUUGGAAUUAUCUCAGAGUCCUAUGUUGUUGCAGUUGAUGACUGACAUUCUUUGUCGGGAACAACAACAUGUUAUGGAAGAAUUAUUUCAAUCUACUUUCAGAAAGAUUGCCAGCAAGAGUUCAUGUGCCAUACAAUUAGACCUUCUAGAAAGUGUGUACAGAAUGUUCAGGAGGGAUGACCUACUUUCAAACAUCACCCGCCAAGCAUUUGUAGAUCGUUGUCUUCUCACUCUGUUGUGGCACUGUAGCCUGAAUGCUUUGAGAGAAUUUUGUAGUAAAAUUGUGGUGAAUGCCAUCGAUGAGUUGAAAUCAAGAUUUUUAAAGCUAAAUGAAUCUACCUUUGAUACUCAAAUCACCAAGAAGAUGGGCUAUUAUAAGAUGCUAGAGGUGAUAUAUUCUCGUCUUCCAAAAGAUGAAGUGCACUCCAAGGAAUCUAAAAUUAAUCAAGUUUUCCAUGGCUCCAGUGUUGCUGAGGGAAGUGAACUUACGAAGACACUUAUUAAAUUGUGCUAUGAUGCAUUUACAGAGAACAUGGCAGGUGAGACUCAGUUACUGGAGAGGAGAAGACUUUACCAUUGUGCUGCUUACAACUGUGCCAUUUCUGUUAUCUGCUGUGUCUUCAAUGAAUUAAAAUUCUACCAAGGUUUUCUCUUUAGUGAAAAACCCGAAAAGAACUUGUUUAUUUUUGAAAAUCUGAUAGACCUGAAGCGCUGCUAUACAUUUCCUGUAGAAGUUGAGGUUCCUAUGGAAAGAAAGAAAAAAUACAUUGAUAUUAGGAAAGAAGCCAGGGAAGCUGCAAAUGAGGAUCCAGAUGGUCCUCAAUAUAUAUCCUCCUUGUCAUCUUUGGCAGACAGUAGUCUGAGUGAAGAAAUGAGCCAAUUUGAUUUUUCAACUGGAGUUCAGAGUUAUUCAUACGGUUCCCAAGGCCCUAAACCAAGAAUUCACCAUUUUCGGAAACAGGAACAUAAGAACCCCAUGAUGCCAGAUGAAAUAUUGGAGUUAGAGAUGGAUGAACUCAAUAAACAUGAAUGUAUGGCAACCAUGACUGCGCUGAUUAAGCACAUGCAAAGAAAUCAGAUCCUGCCAAAAGGAGGAGAGGGUUCAGUGCCAGGAAGUCUUCCCCUUUGGAUGAAAUUCCUUCAAAACAAAUUAGGAAAUCCAUCAGUAUCAUUAAAUAUUCGUCUCUUCUUAGCCAAGCUUAUUAUUAAUACAGAAGAAGUCUUUCGUCCAUAUGCAAAAUAUUGGCUUAGCCCCUUACUUCAGCUGGUCGUUUCUGAAAACAACGGGGGUGAAGGAAUUCACUAUAUGGUGGUUGAAAUAGUGGUUACUGUUCUUUCAUGGACAAGUUUAGCUAAUCCUAUAGGAGUCCCUAAAGAUGAAGUACUAGCAAAUCGAUUGCUUCACUUCUUAAUGAAACAUGUUUUUCAUCCAAAAAGAGCUGUGUUUAAACAUAACCUGGAAAUUAUAAAAACCCUUGUUGAAUGCUGGAAGGAUUGUUUAUCUGUCCCUUACAGGCUAAUAUUUGAAAAGUUUUCCAGUAAAGAUUCUAAUUCUAAAGACAACUCUGUAGGAAUACAAUUAUUAGGAAUUGUAAUGGCCAAUAACUUGCCUCCUUAUGAUCCAAAAUGUGGCAUAGAGAGUAUAAAAUACUUUCAAGCUUUGGUCAGUAAUAUGUCUUUGGUAAAAUAUAAAGAAGUUUAUGCAGCAGCAGCAGAAGUUUUAGGACUUAUUCUUCGAUAUGUUACUGAAAGAGACCAUAUACUACAGGCGUCAAUAUGUGAACUGAUUGUAAAACAGUUGAAGCAACAUCAGAACACAAUGGAGGACAAAUUCAUCAUAUGCUUGAACAAAGCUGUGAAGAACUUCCCUCCUCUUGCUGACAGGUUUAUGAACACUGUGUUCUUCCUGCUGCCAAAAUUACAUGGUGUGAUGAAGACUCUUUGCCUAGAGGUAAUACUAUGUCGUGCAGAGGAAACAGCAGAUCUUUACCUACAACUAAAGAGCAAGGAUUUCAUCCAAGUCAUGAAACACAGAGAUGAUGAAAGACAGAAAGUGUGUUUGGACAUAAUAUAUAAGAUGAUGGCAAAACUGAGACCGGUAGAACUUCGUGAACUCCUGAAUCCUGUUACAGAAUUCAUUUCUCACCCCUCUCCUGUAUGCAGGGAGCAAAUGUAUAAUAUCCUUAUGUGGAUCCAUGACAACUACCGAGAUCCAGAAAACCAAAGAGAUGUUGACUCCCAGGAAAUAUUUAAAUUGGCCAAAGAAGUGUUGAUUCAAGGAUUGAUAGAUGAGAACCUGGGGCUUAAAUUAAUUAUUCGAAAUUUCUGGAGUCAUGAAACUAGGUUACCUUCAAAUACCUUGGAACGAUUGUUGGCACUAAAUUCUUUAUAUUCUCCUAAGAUAGAAAUGCACUUUUUAAGUUUAGCAACAGAUUUUCUGCUUGAAAUGACCAGCAUGAGCCCAGAUUAUUCAAACCUUAUGUUUGAGCACCCACUGUCUGAAUGUGAAUUUCAGGAAUAUACUAUUGAUUCUGACUGGCGUCUCCGAAGUACUGUUCUUACUCCAAUGUUUAUUGAGACUCAGGCCUCCCAAAGUGCUCCCCAGAACCGGACCCCAGAAGGAUCCCUCUCAGCUCAAGGGAUAUCAGCUAGACAGAUACGAGCCACACAGCAGCAGACUGAUUUCACACCUACACAAAAUGCAGAUGAAAGAAGUUCCUUUAACUGGUUAACUAGGAGCAGUAUUGACCCACUGACAGACUAUACAGUCUCCUCAUCAUUUGAGUCCUCAUCUUCCUCCUUAUUGUUUGCUCAUCAGAAGAAUGAAAAGUCACAGAGAACAUCCUUGAAAUUAGUGGGACCUGAUUUUGGGAAAAAACGGCUGGGCCUUCCAGGUGAUGAGAUGGAUAAAGAAGCAAAAGGUAUAGACAAUCGGGCAGAAAUACUAAGAUUACGCAGGAGAUUUUUAAAGGACCAAGAAAAACUCAGUUUGAUAUAUGCCAGGAAAGGUCUUGUUGAACAAAAACGAGAGAAGGAACUCAAGAGUGAAUUAAAAAUGAAGCAUGAUGCACAGGUUAUUUUGUACAGAAGUUACCGUCAAGGAGACCUUCCCGACAUUCAGAUUAAAUACAGCAGUCUGAUCACACCCUUGCAAGCUGUGGCCCAGAGAGAUCCCAUAAUUGCAAAACAACUCUUUGGUAGCUUAUUUUCUGGAAUUAUAAAAGAGAUGGAUAAAUAUAAGACCACGUCUGAAAAAGAGAACAUUACUCAAAAGUUGCUCCAGGACUUCAAUUACUUUCUUAACACCAGUUUUUCUUUCUUUCCCCCUUUUGUUGCUUGUAUCCAGGAAAUCAGUUGCCAACAUACUGGCUUACUGAGCCUGGACCCAGCCUCUGUCAGUGUGGGCUGCCUGUCAAGCCGGCAGCAACCCGUGGGUAUCCGCCUGCUUGAGGAAGCGCUGCUGCGCCUGGGGCCUCAGGAGCCACCUGCCAAGCGAUUUCGGAGGAAACACCACUUCACUCCUGAUGUCGCCAGAUGGAUGGAACUUGCUAAAUUGUAUAGAUCAAUUGGAGAAUAUGAUGUCCUUCAUGGUAUUUUUAGCAGUGAAAUAGGAACAAAGCAAAUCACUCAGAAUGCAUUAUUAUCAGAAGCAAGAAGUGAUUAUUCUGAAGCUGCUAAGCAGUAUAAUGAGGCUCUCAACAAACAUGAGUGGAUCGAUGGUGAACCUACGGAAGCUGAAAAAGAUUUUUGGGAACUUGCAUCCCUUGACUGUUACAACUACCUAGCUGAGUGGGAAUCACUGGCUUAUUGUUCUACAGUCAGUGUUGACAGUGAGAGUCCUCCAGAUCUAAAUAAAAUCUGGAGUGAAUCAUUUUAUCAGGAGACCUAUUUACCUUACAUGAUCCGCAGCAAGUUGAAGUUACUGCUCCAAGGAGAGGGUGAUCAGUCUUUGCUGACGUUUAUUGAUGAAGCUGUGAACAAGGAUAUACAGAAGGCAAUUAUUGAAUUACAUUACAGUCAGGAAUUGAGUCUCCUUUAUAUUUUACAAGAUGAUGUUGAUAGAGCCAAAUAUUAUGUUGAUAAGUGCAUUGACGUUUUCAUGCAGAAUUAUUCUAGUAUUGAUGUCCUUUUACACAAAAGUAGACUCACCAAAUUGCAGUCUGUACAAACUUUAAUAGAAAUUCAAGAGUUCAUCAACUUUAUAGGCAAAGAAGGUAAUUUGUCAUCUCAAGUACCCCUUAAAAGACUUCUGAAUACAUGGACAAACAGAUACCCAGAUGCUAAAAUGGACCCAAUGAACAUCUGGGAUGAUAUCAUCACUAAUAGAUGUUUCUUUCUCAGCAAAAUAGAAGAGAAACUUAAUUUUUCUCCAGAUGAUCACAGUAUGAGUGUAGAUGGAGAUGACAUUUUCACUGACAGCAUGGAAGUACAGGAGCAGGGAGAAAGCAUGAAUAUUCUAAUUAAAAGCUGCAAAUUUUCCAUGAAAAUGAAGAUGAUAGAAAGUGCAAGAAAACAGAACAAUUUCUCACUUGCCAUGAAACUAUUAAAGGAGCUGUAUAAAGAGUCAAAAACAAGAGAUGACUGGCAGGUCAAAUGGACACAGAGCUAUUGUCGGCUCAGUCACAGCCGGAGCUGGAGCCAGAGCCAUCCUGAGCAGAUUCUCACUGUGCUGAAGACAGUCUCCUUGUUAGGUAGUGAGAACACAUCAAACUACUUAAGCAAAAAUACUGGAGCAUUUCUUGACCAAAAUAUUCUCUUGGGUAAAACUUACAAGAUAAUAGGAGAUGCUCUUAGCAGUGAGCCAGAUUGCUUUGCUGAAAUUGAGGAGAACAAAGCUAAAAGAAUAUUGGAACUUUCUGGAUCCAGUUCAGAGAAUGCAGAAAAGGUGAUUGCUGGUCUCUAUGACAGAGCCUUUCAUUAUCUUUCUGAAGCUGUGCGGAUGGCUGAGGAUGAGACCCAGCCUUGCAUCCGGGGUCAGGGGCCUACAGCCAGAGUGAUAGAUGCUUACAUGACAUUGGUUGAUUUCUGUGAUCAGCAGCUCCGCAAGGAAGAAGACAGUGGAUCAGUUACUGACUCUGUAGAACUGCAGAUAUAUCCAGCUCUUGUGGUAGAGAAAAUGUUGAAAGCUUUAAAAUUCCAUUCCAAUGAAGCCAGACUCAAGUUUCCCAGACUACUGCAGAUUAUAGAACAGUAUCCAGAGGAGACCCUGAGCCUAAUGACAAAAGAGAUUUCUACCAUUCCUUGCUGGCAAUUUAUUGGUUGGAUCAGCCACAUGGUGGCUUUACUGGACAAAGAGGAAGCUGUUGCCGUCCAGCACACUGUGGAAGAGAUUGUUGAUAACUAUCCACAAGCAAUUGUCUACCCAUUUAUUAUUAGCAGUGAAAGCUUUUCCUUCAGAGAUACUUCUGCUGGGCAUAAGAAUAAAGCUUUUGUGGAAAGGAUUAGAAUUAAGCUGGAUCGAGGAGGAGCAGUUCAAGAUUUUAUUAAUGCCCUAGAACAACUCUCUAACCCCGAAAUGCUUUUUAAGGACUGGGCUCAGGAUAUCAAAGUUGAACUAUCAAAAACUCCUUUAAAUAUAAAAAACAUUCAAAAUAUGUAUGAAAGAAUGUAUUCAGCCUUGGGAGACCCAAGGGCUCCAGGCCUUGGGACUUUUAGAAAGAAGUUUAUUCAGACUUUUGGAAAAGAAUUUGAUAAACACUUUGGGAGAGGAGGUUCUAAACUACUUGGAAUGAAACUUCAUGACUUCAGUGGCAUUACUAACUCACUGCUUUCCAAAAUGAUCAAAGACUCAAAGCCACCUGGGAAUCUGAAAGAAUGCUCCCCCUGGAUGAGUAACUUCAAUGUAGAAUUCUUGAGAAGUGAGCUUGAAAUUCCUGGUCAGUAUAAUGGCAAAGGAAAGCCUCUCCCUGAAUACCACGCACGAAUUGCUGGCUUUGAUGAGCGGGUAAAAGUAAUGGCUUCUAUCAGAAAACCUAAGCGUAUUGUCAUCCGAGGUCACAAUGAGAAAGAGUACCCUUUCCUGGUGAAGGGGGGUGAAGACCUGAGGCAGGACCAGCGCAUAGAACAGCUCUUCCAGGUCAUGAAUGUCAUCCUGUCCCAAGAUGCUGCUUGUGGUCAGAGAAAUUUGCAGUUGAAGACAUACCAUGUCAUACCCAUGACCUCCAGAUUAGGAUUAAUUGAAUGGAUUGAAAAUACUUUUACCUUAAAGGAACUCCUUUUUAGUAACAUGUCACAAGAAGAGAAAGCUGCUUAUACAAGUGACCCCAAAGCUCCACCAUAUGAAUACAAAGACUGGCUGACAAAGAUAUCUGGAGGAUGCGAUGUUGGUGCUUACAUGCUAAUGUAUAAGGGAGCUAGUCGAACCGAAACAGUGACAUCUUUUAGAAAAAGAGAAAGUAAAGUGCCACCUGAUCUCUUAAAGCGCGCCUUCUUGGCAAUGAGCACUGGCCCUGAGGCCUUCCUGGCUCUCCGCUCUCACUGUGCCAGCUCUCAUGCUCUGAUGUGUAUCAGCCACUGGAUUCUGGGCAUCGGAGACAGACAUUUAAAUAACUUUAUGGUGAACAUGGAGACGGGGGGCAUGAUCGGAAUCGACUUUGGACACGCCUUUGGGUCAGCUACGCAGUUUCUGCCAAUCCCUGAGUUAAUGCCUUUCCGUUUGACUCGCCAAUUGAUCAAUCUAAUGUCACCAAUGAAGGAAACAGGCGUUAUGUACAAUGUCAUGGUUCAUGCACUGCGAGCCUUUCGGUCACAGCCCCACUUGCUUAUUAAUACCAUGGAUGUGUUUAUAAAGGAACCUUCCUUCGACUGGAAAAAUUUUGAACAGAAAAUGCUGAAAAAAGGAGGAUCAUGGAUUCAAGAAAUAAAUGUAAAUGAAAAAAAUUGGUAUCCCCGUCAGAAAAUACAUUAUGCUAAGAAAAAGUUAGCAGGUGCCAAUCCAGCAGUUAUCACUUGUGAUGAGUUACUUUUGGGCCAUGAGAAGGAAUCUGCCUUUGUUCAUUAUGUUGCUGUCGCACGAGGAAGCAAAGAUCACAAUAUUCGUGCCCAAGAGCCAGAGAGUGGUCUUUUAGAAGAGGCUCAAGUGAAGUGCUUGAUUGACCAGGCAACAGAUCCCAACAUCCUGGGCAGAACUUGGGAAGGGUGGGAACCCUGGAUGUGAAAUCUGUGGGAGCAUGAAGAUGAAAAGCAUGCAAGUGUUUAAAGAAUCUCCUAAACUGUCACAGCAAUCAGUGAGCUGUUUUUCCAAAAGUAAUGAAGAAUAGAAAUCUAUUUACUGGUAGCCUUCUAGUAUGAACUUAAUCAAGAUUGUAAUGGAUAAAUGAAUGUUGGCAUAAUGGUUAGGUUUUUAUGAUAGACAAAAAUACAUAUAAUCAGGCUCUUACAAGUCUUAAAUUAAGAAUAGAAUAUAUUGCAGUUUCUGUGACAAGUAAACCAGUUAUCUUAAAUUGUAUAAGCAUGAACAUCUUGUUCUGUGUUCUUAUUGGUAAUUAUGGUAUGUAGGAAAUAAUAGAAAGAUUGCAAUUGAUAUUUUAAGGUGUUUUGGUAGUUUAUUAUUAUUUUUCUCUACUUUUGACAUUCAGUAACAAAAUUGGUCUCUAAAAGAGAAAGUGGAUGUUGGAGAGAGUCUUGCUACUCCGAUUUACAACAGGAUAACGGUUCUUUACAUCCCAGACUUGGGAUAACUUCAGAAAUUCCAAGAAUAAUUAUAGUGAGAGUUCUGAGCAUUUUAAUUCUGGAAACAUAAAAGAAACCUCUAUUUGAAAUAAAUCCUGUAUUUUAAAAGCAUACAUUCUGUAACAGUAAGCUCACAAGUUAUGAAAUACAAAAAGGUUUCCUUCACAUUCACAGAAUCUCUACACUUCUUAAAUCUUCCACACUUCUGGAACUGGUUACAGGUUGGCUUUGAACUUGUUAUUGUCUUCUAUUGACAUUUAAAUUUUGAAACUCUUGUAUACAAAUUUUCACAAAUAAUAAUCUUAAGUAUAUAGAACAUUAAAGUUAUUUUUCCCAAAGUGGUGUGUGACUCUUAAGCAGUUUCACAAAGAAAACGACCUCUUUUACAAAAUAAUUUGUUAGAUUACCUGACAGGUAUAAUCCAAUGUACAUAGGUUGAAUGUAUUAUGACAUUAAAAAUAAAUCUGAAAAGUUGGUAUUUAUUCAACCAAAGAAAUUUCAUCAUUAAUAAUUGGUCAUGUAAGUAAAACCCAUUUAUAUAUAACAUGAAUGUUUUUGUCAUAACACCAAAAUAAGCUUACUUUGGAGUUGAAAUUGAUUAUAAUACAUUGUUAUUUGUAAAUUAUCCAUAAUGUUCACUUGAGUACUUACAAUGUUGAUGUAUUCAUUCACUAGAACAGCAAAUUAUGGGAAACCCUGUUUUUUAAUGACCUUUCACCUCAA